AUGCAUCUCAGUAGCAUCGCAAUAUUAUGCCUUCUGGGCACAUGCGUUUCCGCAGAAUGGAAAAGUGACGAGAAACCGAAGGAGCACCACCACGAACAUUUAGAACACAUCAAGAGCAUCGUCGUGACGAAGAAGGUUCCGAAACCUGUUCCGGUAGAAGUGGAGAAGCACGUACCUUACGAAGUCAAAGUUCCUGUUGACAAACCGUAUCCGGUCUACGUGCCUAAGCCAUAUCCUGUCUACGUCGAGAAAAAGGUACCGUAUGAAGUACAAGUUCCUGUUCCGAAACCUUACGUAGUAGAGAAGAAAAUACCUUAUGAAGUAAAAGUCCCUGUCGAUAAGCCUUAUCCGGUCGAAGUACCACAGCCGUACAAUGUCUACGUCGAGAAGAAGGUUCCUUACAUAGUCGAGAAAAAAGUGCCUUACAAAGUUCAAGUCCCAGUAGAGAAGAAAUAUCCUGUACCUUAUACUGUUGAAAAACAAGUACCAUACCCAGUUGUCAAAGAAGUGCCAUACAAAGUUGAAGUACCAGUUGAAAAGCCAGUGCCUUACCAAGUAGAGAAGCCGGUGCCUUAUCAUGUGCAGAAGGAAGUACCUUACCCAGUUUACAAGGAGGUACCAUACCCAGUCAGAGUUCCUUACAAGGUGGAAGUACCUUACCCAGUAGAAGGAUCAAAAUCCGAACAAAAUGAAGGAGAGAAUUACUUUCAAAGUAAAAUGCCAACUUUUGACCACUAUGGAGGUUCCCAUGGUAUGCAGCAUUCUUAUUCGACGAAACAUCUCGGAGGAGCUUAUUCUACUCAGUUCGUACAAUUAGGAAGUUUGUCUAAGAACGAAGGAAGUCAGUUUCAUGGCUCGUACGGACCGGGCUAUACCAUUGAAUCAUCUCCUGAAGUAACAAAAGAUGGAGGAUAUUUUGGCAACAGCGACUUUCAGGGUAAAGGAUAUUAUUCAUCAGGCCAACAGACUGAUUACAAACAAGAUACUGCAAGCGGUUUUGGAAAAGGAAUAUCAAACGCUGGAGAAGAAAAUUUGAAGAGCUAUUUCCAGGACUCUGGAUCAUCAUAUCAUCAAUACCCUAAAGGCUUCGGUAGUGGCUCAUCGUAUUCUUCUACCGAUACAAAGAAAUUUGAAGGACUUUCAAACUUAGGCUCAUCGUACUCUUCUACGGAUGGAAAGGAAUUUGAAGACCAAGGACCUUCAAACUAUCACUCAUCGUACUCUUCUACAGAUGCAAAAGGAUUUGAAAACCAAGGACUUUCAAACUAUGGCUCAUCGUAUUCUUCUGCGGAUGCAAAGAAAUUCGAAAGUCAAGAACAUUCAAACUUUGGCUCCUCUGCAGGAGAAUCUAGUCAUGGGCAAUCAGACACCUCUUCUGAUUCUGGACGUUGGUAA